UAACGAUAACCUUGAUCAUUCAUAACAACGUGGAAAAGUGGAAAGAGGGGGGUCUUCAUUUCUUUUCAAUAUAUUUGUUAUGCAGUUUGAAUUGGGGUCGUUUAGGUCUUCUCGAGAUUAAAUUUUCAAAGCAGUAGGCGAUGGGCAAGAAACCACGUAAAGCGGAGCUUCGCUCCAAGGAGGAGCUGCAGCUACUGGCCAUUGGCGACAUCAUCAGCGAGCUAGUGGAGGCUCACCAGCAAAAGAAGGAUGUUAACCUGAGCCGCAUGAAAACACGCAUCUCUGCACGCUAUGGCCUGGACACAUCUCCACGAUUGGUGGAUAUCAUUGCGGCUGUGCCCCAGGAGCACCGUGCCACACUUGUGCCGAAACUGAAAGCCAAACCUAUCCGCACAGCCAGUGGGAUCGCCGUGGUAGCUGUGAUGUGUAAACCCCACCGAUGUCCGCACAUCAGUAUGACGGGCAACAUCUGCGUCUACUGUCCGGGCGGGCCGGACUCAGACUUUGAGUACUCGACACAGUCGUACACCGGGUACGAGCCCACCAGUAUGCGAGCCAUCCGCGCCCGCUACAACCCGUACCUGCAGACUCGACAUCGAGUGGAACAGCUGAAGCAGCUGGGUCACAGUGUCGAUAAGGUCGAGUUCAUCGUGAUGGGCGGUACGUUCAUGGCCCUUCCGGAGGAGUACCGGGACUACUUCAUCCGUAACCUGCACGACGCCCUCUCAGGCCACACCAGCGGAUCAGUACAGGAGGCGGUGCAGUACUCCGAGCGGAGCCGUACCAAGUGUAUCGGCAUCACCAUAGAGACCCGGCCCGACUACUGCCUCAGACGCCAUCUGAGCGACAUGCUUCUCUACGGCUGCACGAGACUCGAGAUCGGCGUUCAGUCGGUAUACGAGGACGUAGCGCGCGACACGAACCGCGGACACACUGUGCGCGCCGUCUGCGAGAGCUUCCAGAUGAGCAAGGACGCCGGCUUCAAGGUGGUGGCGCACAUGAUGCCCGACCUGCCGAACGUCGACCUCGAGCGCGACAUUCAGCAGUUUGUGGAGUUCUUCGAGAACCCGCAGUUCCGCGCGGACGGACUGAAGAUUUACCCCACUCUGGUGAUCCGCGGUACGGGUCUCUACGAGCUGUGGAAGACCGGUCGGUACCGCAGCUACCCGCCCAGCGCCCUGGUAGACCUGGUGGCUCGCGUGCUGGCACUGGUACCGCCCUGGACGAGGGUGUACCGAGUGCAGAGGGAUAUACCCAUGCCGCUGGUCACCUCCGGUGUGGAGCACGGUAACCUGCGUGAGCUGGCCCUGGCGCGUAUGCGUGACCUGGGUACCACGUGUCGUGACGUGCGGACCCGCGAGGUCGGUAUUCAGGAGAUCCACCACAAGGUCCGGCCGUACCAGGUGGAGCUGAUCCGUCGCGACUACGCGGCCAACGGCGGCUGGGAGACGUUCCUCUCAUACGAGGACCCCGACCAGGACAUCCUGGUCGGCCUGCUGCGGCUCAGGAAGUGCUCCUCAGAGACGUUCAGACCCGAGAUGAAGACGGCCACCUCUGUGGUCCGCGAGCUGCACGUGUACGGCUCCGUGGUGCCCGUCUCGGGCCGCGACCCGGCCAAAUUCCAGCACCAGGGGUUCGGUACACUGCUGAUGGAGGAGGCCGAGCGGGUGGCACGAGAGGAGCACGGAGCCGACAAACUCUGCGUCAUAUCCGGUGUCGGUACUCGCAACUAUUACCGCAAGCUGGGCUACGAGCUGGACGGACCUUACAUGUCCAAACGGCUCCGGUGACCUGAUCCGCUGUGACCUGAGACGGUGAUCUGAUCCAGUGACCUGGGCUGUGACCUGGGAAGGUGACAAUAAGGUCAGCUAAGGUCACGAUAUUGUGACGGUGAAGUUACAUCACGAUAGUAUCAACCUCACGUCACACGACUGUGCGGCCGAGCAACACAACAGCGUGGUCAUUUAGCGCGCGUACGGUUAGUACCUUACAGGGGUACCAGUUGCUGCGACAGAUGCCGCAAACCAUGUCAGAGUUACAGCAGGCUCACAGCACAGUUAGUGUGAGGCGGAACAGGCUGCUGAUGGCUGUCGGGUGUUUAAAGUAAUUCCCGACCGUUGAAUUGGAAUCCCAUUGUAGUGACCGCGCUACAGAGAAGACAGUGAAGACAGCCCCACGGCCUAACAUCGAUCACAGCCUUCGUCUACUUGUUGGCCGUCCUUGAAGGCUACACGUGUACGGUGUUGCAGUUAGGGGCCCGCUGAGUCUCUUCUGAUGAUGAUCUAAUGCGAACCGCCCCUCCCAGGACAGUGAUGAACGGGUUGUUUCACUAUAUGAUGGAAGGACGCGAGAGGACAUCACCCAUGCAAACUAUAUGGGAUUAUUUUUUCGCAUAAAGCAACACUUUUCUAUACCGAUGUUUCAUCUUCACAGGCAUACUACGAUGGUCUUGCACAAUCCAAUCAUCCGCCGCACUUUUCCUGAAGCUCACUCGUUAGACAUGACAAUAAACCAUUUUCCCAUAUUUUGAGUCAGCUGCAUAAUUUGGGUGCUUUCCCGUCCGCCACUGUGGCAGCAAAGCCAACAUUUUAUGACGUCCAUAUUGUAUUCAUUUCCAUCCAUCGAUCCAUUUUUGGUCCAUUUAUUUACCAUUAAUCGAUUCCUUUCCAAGUCGGUCGUGCGUUUGUGCCGUAAGUUUCAUUCUUCAAUCAUCGAUAACGUUCAUCGAUAAUUUUCAGUCGUUGUCUCCUAUGUAACUGUGAGACAAUACGCUUCUGGUAGAUUUUGACGAAGUCGUGGACAAUAAUCGCGUUAAGAAAGUGGUACAGUUUGCUUUGUCCUACUGUUUCGAUUUUACUGAGAAAGUGAGAACGCUUGAUGCUCAGUUUGAGGGACAGUGGGGCGCCGUUGUUGCUGUGAUUCGAUAAAAUAUAUUUGCAUACAAAUUGCA